AUGGCUUACCAGAACCCUGCAGAAAUUAACGGAUUGUGCAACAGCAAAAUUGUUACAGAGUACCUCUGCCGCAAUGGCUUCAGCGCCUUAUCAAUCGAGCCGAAAAAAGUUCAGCACAAAAAGGAAAUGUCUCGAAAAGAGGCAGAGGACGAAACGCGCUUAACAGAUUUAGAGGCUGCGUACACGACAGUACUUCGAGGUUUGGGCGAGGACACCGACCGACAGGGUCUACUCCGAACGCCACUGCGUGCUGCUAAAGCCAUGCAGUUUCUUACAAAGGGGUACCACGAAACAGUAUCCGAUAUCCUUAAUGAUGCCGUCUUUGAUGAAGACCAUGACGAACUGGUUAUAGUGAAAGAUAUUGACAUGUUCUCUCUUUGUGAACAUCAUCUAGUACCAUUUUUUGGCAAGGUUCACAUAGGAUAUCUUCCAAAUAAAAAAGUGGUUGGGAUUAGUAAACUUGCCAGGAUUGCAGAAAUGUAUAGUCGCAGACUUCAAGUACAAGAGCGCCUGACAAAGCAAAUUGCUAUGGCAAUCUCUGACGCCUUGCAGCCAGCAGGAGUAGGAGUAGUAAUUGAGGCAGCUCACAUGUGCAUGGUCAUGCGUGGAGUCCAGAAGAUGAACAGUUGCACUGUGACCAGUGUGAUGUUGGGUGUAUUCAGGGAAGACCCAAAGACCAAGGAGGAGUUCAUGGCACUGGUCAAGAAUUCAUAG